AUGGCUAGGAAAGUUGCUAUCUGCACGUUAAUAUAUUCGCGGGACUAUUUACCUGGUGCGUUGACUUUAGCGUACCAAUUACAAAAACUCUUGAAGCAUGCUGUAGUGGAAUACCAGAUAACCGUAUGCCUGCUAAUUGAAAGUAAAUUAUUUAGGGAUGAGUUUAGUCCCCAGGAAAUAGCUUUGAUAAGAAGCCUCUUUAAAGAGAUUAUCAUUAUUGAACCGCUAAAGGAUCAAGAGAAGAGCGUAGAAAAAAAUAAGGCGAAUCUUGAGCUGUUGAAAAGGCCUGAGCUAUCGCAUACUUUACUUAAGGCUAGAUUAUGGGAACUUGUGCAGUUCGAUCAGGUUUUGUUUCUGGAUGCAGAUACUUUACCAUUAAAUAAAGAGUUUUUUAGAAUCCUGCAAUUAUAUCCCGAACAAACAAGGUUCCAGAUUGCUGCGGUUCCAGACAUCGGAUGGCCUGACAUGUUCAACACUGGUGUACUGCUAUUGAUUCCCGAUUUAGAAAUGGCAAGGAGUUUACAAAAUUUUUUGGUCAAGACUGUAUCAAUUGAUGGUGCUGAUCAAGGAAUCUUCAAUCAAUUUUUUAAUCCUAUUUGCAACUACAGCAAAGAGGUUUUGCAUAAUGUGUCCCCACUCAUGGAGUGGAUACGCCUCCCCUUUAUCUACAACGUGACCAUGCCCAACUACGGAUACCAGUCUUCACCCGCCAUGAGUUUUUUCCAACAACAUAUUAAACUCAUUCACUUCAUCGGAGCGUUUAAGCCAUGGUCCCAUACCACAUCUGACUAUAAUGACCACUAUUACCAGCUAUGGAGAAGUACCCAGUGUGGUCUUUACGGUGAAUGCCACUUAAGUGACUACUUCACCCACUUGCAACUGGGCAAUAUUGAAACAGACACAAAUUUCCACCACGAACCCCCGUGCCUCAAAAAUUUGUUGAAACAUAGUACGAAGGGACAUCAAAAACAGGUUGAGUUCGAUGAAACUCAGGUAGAUCAAAACGCUUCACAGAAGAGUGCUGCAGAAAAACAUGAUUUCGAAAGACCGACUUCUGAACCGCAAUCUGCCUUUAAAUUUGAUUGGGAAACUACAGACUAUUUAGACCGCGUCCAAAGAGCAUUCCCAAGGCCUGAUACCUGA